AUGUUUCAAACACCCAUCGUCUGGCCCAACGUCAUUCUCUUCAUCCUUUACCAUGCCAUAGCCCUUCAAGGGUGGUACUAUUUUAUAACUUUUCAAACGAAUUUAAGAACUAUAUUUUGGGCCUUCUUGAUUUUGGUCCUAGCUGGACAAGGGAUUACCUCCGGAGUCCAUCGUUUAUGGUCUCAUAGAUCAUACAAAGCCAAACUCCCUCUCCGAAUUUUUCUAUGUCUGUGUCAAACUAUAAGUUUCCAAAAUUCCAUUUACGAAUGGGCACGUGACCAUCGUGCCCAUCACAAGUUUAGCGACACCGAUGCUGACCCACAUAACAUUAAACGUGGCUUUUUCUUCGCCCAUAUGGGUUGGUUACUAGUACGCAAACACCCACAAGUCAAAAUGAAGGGUCAAUUGAUUGAUUUGAGUGAUUUAGAAAAUGAUCCAGUGGUACGUUUUCAGAAAAAGUACUACCAUGUUUUAGCUCCGCUUUGUUGCUUUGUCGUACCAACAAUGGUACCGUGGUACUUCUGGAAGGAGAAUUUUUAUGUUUCGUUUUGUGUUUGUAUGUUGAGGUAUUUGAUAAGUUUACAUUUUACGUGGUUGGUAAACAGUGCGGCUCAUUUAUGGGGGUUUAAACCUUACGACAGGUUUAUUAAACCAUCAGAAAAUCAAAUUGUUGCAAAGUUAACAAUGGGUGAAGGUUGGCACAAUUACCAUCAUACCUUCCCAUGGGAUUAUAAGGCUGCGGAACUGGACAGUUACAAUGGUAAUUUGAGUACUGCCUUCAUUGAUUUGAUGGCGAAGAUUGGGUGGGCCUAUGAUUUGAAAACGGUACCAUUGGAUGUGAUCAGGAAGCGGGUUUUGAGGACUGGGCAAUAA